AUGUCUCAAGAGUAUCAUUGGUCAGAUAUAGUCCUUGACGCUGAUUUUAACGGCGACAACCAAUUAGAUCUUGCAUAUUUUUGUGCACGCUUAGGACACAUAAUUGUACUGUUUGGAAAUGGCAAUGGGGCUUUUAAAACAGAAAAAAUCUUCUCGGCAUUACCGGUACGUUAUCAAUCAAAGCAUGUUGCUGUUGGUGAUUUUAACAAUGACAAUCGAUCUGAUCUCGCUAUUAUCCAUACUGGAUCAGAAGUGAAAAUGUAUAUUUUGCUUGCAAAUGAUAAAGAGAUAUUUAAAGUAAACCCAACGAUUUCCAUAGAAGGGACCUAUAGUACAAGAAAUAUUUUUGUAGCUGAUUUUAAUAGUGACAAAUACUUAGAUAUCGCUGUCGUCAAUUCUAUGCCGGCUAGUAUUGUUAUUUUUGUUGGGUAUGGUAAUGGAAGUUUCUCAAGGAAUGCAACGUUUUCAACAGUGCCUAGUAGUGCAUCAGAAUGUUUUGCUAUUGUUGACUUUAACGAUGAUGGUCAAUUAGACAUCGCUGUCAAAAAUGAGAAGUCUAUGACUAUUAGUGUAUAUUUUGGACUUGAUGACGGAACUUUUGAAUUACCGAAGUGGCUUUAUACGGGACCUCUUUUCUCUAAAUGCCGUAUCUUAGCUGAUGAUUUCAAUGGUGACACUCGAAUAGAUCUUCUGUGCUACAACUCUCGAAAGAAUCUUAUUAGUCUAAUGUCUGGAUAUGGUAAUGAAACUUUCGAACUACCAAAGUGGGCUUACAUUAACGAUAUUUCUGUUUCGAGUAAUAUUUCACAUAACAACUUCGACGUUAACACUCGAUAUGAGGUCAUUCUCAACAAUAUUUGGAAAAAAAAGCUUAUCAUCAAUUUACAUGAGCAGGGAACUGCAUUUUUUGUUAAUGAUUAUAAUUGUGAUGAUUAUGCAGACAUCAUUGGUCAUAGUGGUGAUAGCGUUAUAGUUGGCCUGCUUGGCCAUGGAAAUAGCAAUUUUGAGAAACAAACAAUACUUUCGCCUAAUGGUUAUGGAACUGUAGCGGAUAUCGCUGUCGGUGAUUUUGACAACGAUUCUUAUCAAGAUAUAAUGGUUACCCAUUAUGGAUCCAGUAUCAUAACGAUUCUUUUAAACAGAUGUGAAUGUUGCAAACUUAAAAAACUCUAG